GUUGAUCGACGGCCGAGUGAAGCCACAAGCGGCGCAGAUCGAGGUGAGCGCGAGUGCUUCCGGGUGGCGGGUGUAAGCUGGGUGUCCCCGCUUUCAAAGGUCGUUCAUUGAUUCUCUGUCUCUGCUCGGAGGAGGGUCGUUCCGACUGCACAGCUUCUCCUUGUGUCUCCGAUGGCGAGUCUUCUGCGAGUGGUAGCCACCAGCUGUUCCAGCCCCCUGUUCUCCGGGCUGGCCUGUGCUAAGAGUGUCCGGACGGUGAAGACCCCAUGCAUUCGGUUCUUUAGGACCCAUCAAGCCCUCUCUCGCCUCUCAAGUCCAGGCAUUCCAUACAAACAGCUAACUGUUGGCGUUCCCAAGGAAAUCUUUCAGAAUGAGCGUCGCGUGGCCAUCUCUCCAGCUGGAGUGGAAGCUCUCAUCAAGCAGGGCUUCAAUGUGUUGGUGGAGUCUGGCGCUGGAGAAUCUGCCAAGUUCUCCGAUGACAUGUAUACAAAGGCAGGAGCCACCAUCAGGGACGUCAAAGAUGUCUUUGCAUCCGAUGUUCUGCUUAAGGUGCGUGCCCCCAUGUUGAACUACGCUCUAGGAGUUCAUGAGGCACAACUCAUGAGUGAAGGAGCCACCCUCGUCAGUUUCAUCUAUCCCGCUCAGAACCCUGAGCUGAUGGACCAGCUGUCCCAACGCAAAGCCACCGUCCUGGCCAUGGACCAGGUGCCCCGUGUUACUAUUGCUCAGGGUUAUGAUGCCCUUAGCUCCAUGGCCAACAUUGCUGGCUAUAAAGCGGUGGUCCUGGCAGCCAACAACUUUGGCCGCUUCUUUACUGGUCAGAUCACAGCCGCAGGGAAGGUCCCUCCUGCUAAGGUGUUGAUCAUUGGAGGUGGAGUGGCUGGGCUGGCCGCUGCUGGCUCUGCCCGUGCUAUGGGUGCCAUUGUCAGAGGAUUUGACACCAGAGCGGCUGCACUGGAGCAGUUCAAGUCCCUGGGUGCCGAGCCUCUGGAGGUGAAUGUGAAGGAGUCAGGAGAAGGCCAGGGCGGUUACGCUAAGGAGAUGUCCAAAGAGUUUAUCGAGGCUGAGAUGAAGCUGUUUGCCAAGCAGUGUUUGGAUGUUGACAUCAUUAUCACUACUGCGCUUAUUCCUGGUCGGAAGGCCCCUGUGCUGAUUACUAAGGAAAUGGUGGAGACCAUGAAAGAUGGUUCAGUGGUGGUGGACCUGGCUGCAGAAGCUGGGGGCAACAUCGAGACCACGGUUCCUGGAGAACUCUCUGUUCACAAAGGUGUGAUCCACGUUGGCUAUACUGAUCUUCCCAGUCGCCUCCCGACUCAGGCCAGCACAUUAUACUCUAACAACAUCAUCAAACUCAUCCGAGCCAUCAGCCCGGACAAGGAAGUUUUUCACUUUGAUGUGAAAAACGAGUUUGAUUACGGCACAAUGGACCAUGUCAUCCGAGGUUCAAUCGUUAUGCAGGAUGGAAAAGUGCUUUUCCCUGCACCACAACCUAACAACGUCCCAGUGGCUGCACCUCCAAAACAAAAGAGUGUCCAGGAGCUGGAGAAGGAAAAGGCAGCUGCCAUCACGCCCUUCAGAGCCACUCUCAACACGGCUGGGAUUUACACCGGAGGUCUGGCUUCAGCGAUUGGUCUUGGGAUAUGUGCUCCCAAUGCUGCUUUCCCUCAGAUGGUUACAACCUUUGGCCUGGCAGGAAUCGUGGGAUACCACACCGUAUGGGGCGUCACUCCUGCUCUUCACUCCCCGCUUAUGUCCGUCACAAAUGCUAUUUCUGGUUUGACUGCUGUUGGUGGCCUCUCCCUUAUGGGUGGUGGAUUUCUCCCUAGCAGCACAGCAGAGACCCUGGCCGUACUGGCUGCUUUCAUCUCCUCCGUCAACAUCGCUGGUGGUUUCUUGGUUACUCAGAGGAUGUUGGACAUGUUCAAGCGGCCCACUGAUCCUCCAGAGUACCACUACUUGUAUCUUCUUCCCGCUGGUUUGUUUGUUGGAGGUUAUGGGGUGGCUCUUCAAAGCGGCUACAACAUUGAACAGAUGAUGUACUUGGGCUCUGGCUUGUGCUGCGUGGGGGCUCUGGCUGGUCUGUCCACCCAGUCCACGGCUCGUCUCGGUAACGCCCUGGGCAUGAUCGGAGUAGCCGGUGGCAUUGCUGCAACUUUUGGAGCUCUAAAACCUUCCCCUGAGCUCAUGGCACAGAUGAGUGCGGCCAUGGCGGUGGGUGGCACUGCUGGUUUGACCAUCGCCAAGAAGAUCCAGAUCUCGGACUUGCCGCAGCUCGUUGCCGCUUUCCACAGUCUGGUGGGGUUGGCGGCCGUGCUCACCUGCGUGGCAGAGUACAUGGUGGAGUAUCCCCACUUUGCAACCGACCCUGCGGCCAACCUCACCAAGAUCGUGGCCUACCUGGGGACCUACAUCGGUGGAGUCACCUUCAGCGGAUCUCUGGUGGCUUAUGGCAAACUUCAAGGUCUCCUGAACUCAGCUCCCCUUAUGCUCCCUGGCCGUCAUGCGCUGAACGCCUCCCUCAUGGCAGCCAGUGUGGGUGGCAUGAUCCCCUACAUGCUUGAUCCCAGCUAUACCACUGGCCUGACCUGCCUGGGCUCCGUGUCUGCACUCUCUGCCGUCAUGGGCCUGACCCUGACAGCCGCCAUCGGGGGGGCUGACAUGCCUGUUGUGAUCACAGUGCUAAACAGCUAUUCUGGCUGGGCCCUGUGCGCUGAAGGCUUCCUGCUCAAUAACAACUUGUUGACCAUUGUGGGUGCUCUCAUUGGCUCUUCUGGAGCCAUCCUCUCCUACAUCAUGUGUGUGGCCAUGAACCGCUCACUGGCAAAUGUCAUUCUGGGUGGCUACGGCACGUCAUCCACCGGCACGGGCAAGCCCAUGGAGAUCACAGGUACCCACACUGAGGUCAACGUGGAUCAGUCGGUGGAGAUGAUCAAGGAGGCUCAGAAUAUCAUCAUAGUUCCAGGUUAUGGUCUGUGUGCAGCAAAAGCUCAGUAUCCUAUUGCUGAUCUUGUCAAGUCACUGUCUGAGCAGGGCAAGAAAGUCAGGUUUGGAAUCCACCCUGUGGCUGGUCGUAUGCCAGGCCAACUGAACGUUCUUCUGGCUGAAGCUGGUGUGCCAUACGAUAUUGUUCUGGAGAUGGAUGAGAUCAAUCAUGACUUCCCUGAAACUGACCUGGUUUUGGUAAUUGGAGCUAAUGACACAGUCAACUCAGCGGCCCAAGAAGACCCCAACUCCAUCAUUGCUGGCAUGCCUGUUUUGGAGGUCUGGAAGUCCAAGCAGGUCAUUGUGAUGAAAAGAUCUCUGGGAGUUGGCUACGCUGCUGUGGACAACCCUAUCUUCUACAAACCAAACACAUCCAUGCUUUUGGGAGAUGCCAAGAAGACUUGUGAUGCUCUGUCUGCCAAGGUCCGGGAGGGCUAGAGAGGAAAGAGAAGAUCUGACCUUGGUUUGCACCAGAUGAGUCACGGAGAUCGAACAAACCCAAUAAACCCUUAGAUCUAAAUUAGCUCUAAUAAGAACAAGCUCUUAACGACACACUUUAUGCCCAUUUGGUUUUUCUUGUAGAUAUAGUUUAUUCAGUAUUUCCAGAACUUUUGUUUUACUUUUUAUUAAAUGUUCUUCUUUUGGUCCCCCAUUUAAGUCACAUUAAAAGGAAAAAAAGCAUUACAGCAUCACAUUAAUUAGCAUUAAUAAAGCAAGCUCACCAGUUA